CCAGCACCGGCAGCCCCCUGGUGAGUCCGAGCGCGGGGAACGGCCCGCGGGCCAGGCGGGCCCUGGCCAGCACCGGCAGCCCCCUGUAGGAACAAACGCGUGAGGAAGAUCGCGAGGGUCACAGUAGGACGCCGUUUCAAACGCAGUUGUUUACGUUAGUCUGACAGCGUAAACUCGGUUUGUGUGCGGUGGCAAAUCUAGAAGAUGGAGUUGUAACUAGUAUACAGACGUUGUAAUGUAUGAUGCUGUUCCAAUCCAGUCAAGCGUGGUGUUAUGCUCCUGUUCAUCUCCUUCAAUGGUGAGGAACCAAGCAGAUUCCAGCACUCCACCUGUCAUUUCCGCUUGUGGCAGCAGCAGACAGGCAUCUAACAUGGAGGGCACAGAACCCGAAUCAAGAUCUAAUUCAAACUCCUUGCAGCAACAUACAGUACAGCAGCCUCCACAGCCUCGAAAGAAACGACCUGAUGACUUCAAAUUUGGGAAAAUUCUUGGUGAAGGAUCUUUUUCAACGGUUGUCUUGGCUCGAGAAUUGGCAAGUUCUAGAGAAUAUGCCAUUAAAAUUCUAGAAAAACGUCAUAUCAUAAAAGAAAACAAGGUACCGUAUGUGACACGAGAGAGAGAUGUAAUGUCCCGUCUGGAUCACCCUUUUUUUGUGAAACUCUACUUCACCUUUCAGGAUGAUGAAAAACUAUAUUUUGGACUUAGCUAUGCCAAAAACGGAGAGUUGCUGAAGUAUAUACGCAAAAUUGGCUCAUUUGAUGAGACCUGUACAAGAUUUUAUACUGCUGAAAUUGUAUCAGCCCUGGAGUAUUUGCAUGGCAAAGGAAUCAUUCACAGGGACCUUAAGCCAGAGAACAUCUUAUUAAAUGAAGAUAUGCACAUUCAAAUAACAGACUUUGGAACAGCAAAAGUAUUAUCUGCAGAUAGCAGACAAGCGCGGGCAAACUCAUUUGUAGGGACAGCACAGUAUGUUUCUCCAGAACUGCUGACAGAGAAAUCUGCCUGUAAAAGCUCUGACCUCUGGGCUCUGGGAUGCAUAAUAUAUCAACUUGUAGCUGGAUUGCCUCCAUUUAGAGCUGGAAAUGAAUAUCUUAUAUUCCAGAAGAUAAUAAAGUUGGAAUAUGACUUCCCAGAGAAAUUUUUUCCCAAGGCAAAAGACCUUGUGGAAAAGCUGUUGGUUCUAGAUGCUACCAACCGAUUAGGUUGUGAAGAAAUGGGAGGAUAUGGACCUCUUAAGGCUCACCCCUUCUUUGAAUCCAUUGUGUGGGAGAACCUACAUCUUCAGACACCCCCUAAACUUACAGCAUAUUUACCUGCUAUGUCAGAGGAUGAUGAAGACUGUUAUGGAAAUUAUGACAAUCUCCUGAGUCAGUUCGGUUGCAUGCAAGUUUCUAGUUCUGCCUCUUCCCAUUCACUGUCUGCUGCAGAGACAAGUACACCACAGACAUCAGGAGGAAAUAUUGAACAGUAUAUUCAUGAUCUUGACAACAAUUCUUUUGAGCUGGAUUUACAGUUUUCUGAAGACGAAAAGAGGUUACUUCUGGCAAAACAAGCUGGUGGAAAUCCUUGGCAUCAGUUUGUAGAAAAUAACUUAAUCCUAAAAAUGGGUCCAGUGGACAAAAGAAAGGGAUUGUUUGCACGUCGGCGCCAAUUGCUGCUUACGGAAGGGCCCCACCUGUAUUAUGUGGAUCCUGUCAACAAAGUUCUAAAAGGAGAAAUUCCAUGGUCUUUAGAGUUGCGUCCAGAAGCCAAGAAUUUUAAGACCUUUUUUGUUCACACGCCAAACAGGACAUAUUACCUGAUGGACCCAAGUGGGAAUGCUCAUAAAUGGUGCAAAAAGAUACAUGAAGUUUGGCGGCACAGAUACCACCAGAAUGCUGCAAAAUAGGAAAGCUCAUCCAAAAUUUCCCAGUUUCCCUACUUGCUGCUAGAACUCCGUGUGCAGCCGAUCAGAGGAAUCUUUUCAACCCACCUAUUACCAUCUCAAGGGGAAGCAUACGUCUGAAAUGUUCUUGGGUUUGGUUUUUUUUUGUUUUGU